UUCAGCGUCACCACAAUCGACUCAUGCCGCUUCAACCGAGGAUCGGCGUCUCCAUUGGGUGAUGUUGACAUCAUGAGUACUAAGAAUUUUGGUCUAUCUAUAUAUUGCGACUCUGACCUCCUCUCAAUCUGUGCAACACAAGAAAAGUUCAGAAGCACAGUACACAGCCAGAAAUUCAAUGGCGCUCGACUCGAUCGAGUCUGUGGCCUUGGUCGCGGUGCCCUUCCCCGCGCAGGGCCACCUGAACCAGCUCCUGCACCUCUCCCUGCUGGUCGCGUCGCGGGGACUCUCUGUGCACUACGCCGCGCCCGCGGCGCACGUCCGGCAGGCGCAAUCGCGCGUUCACGGCUGGGACCCCGGCGCCCUCGCCUCCAUCCAGUUCCACAACCUCGACGUCUCCACCUACGAGUCCCCGGCCCCCGACCCGACCGCCGCGUCCCCCUUCCCCAGCCACCUUAUGCCCAUGUGGGAGACCUUCACCGCCGCCGCUCGCGCCCCUCUCGCCGUCCUUCUCGAGCGCCUGUCAGCUACCUACCGUCGCGUUGUCGUCGUGUACGACAACCUGAACGCCUUCGCCGCCGUCGAGGCGUCGCGGCUGAGCAACGGCGAGGCCUUCGGGCUGCAGUGCGUGGCCAUCUCGUACAGCAUGGCGUGGCUGGACAAGGAGCAUAGGCUCCUGCGCGACCACGACCUCCAGUUCCUCCCCAUCGACGCGUGCACGACCAAGGAGUUCUUGGAGUUCGUCUUCCGGGCAGCGGGGGAGAUGCAGAACAGGGGAAGCCUCCCCUCGUCCGGCCUGGUCAUGAACACCUGCCGCGCGCUUGAGGGCGAGUUCAUCGAUGUCAUCGCCGAGCACCCGCAGUUCAAGGAGCGGAAGCUCUUCGCGGUCGGGCCGCUGAACCCGCUGCUGGACGCGAGCGCCCGGGCGCCGGGGAAGACGCUGCACGAGUGCAUGGACUGGCUCGACGCGCAGCCAGAGGAAUCGGUGCUCUACGUGUCCUUCGGGACGACGACGUCAUUCCGGGUUGAGCAGAUUGCGGAGAUGGCCGCGGCGAUCAAGGGCAGCAAACAGAGGUUCAUCUGGGUACUGCGCGACGCCGACCGGGCCGACAUAUUCGCAGAGUCGGGCGGCGAGAGUCCCUACGAGAAGCUACUGUCCGAGUUCACUAGAGAAACCAAGGGGACGGGACUGGUGAUCACCGGGUGGGCGCCGCAGCUGGAGAUCCUGGCGCACGGCGCCACGGCGGCGUUCAUGAGCCACUGCGGCUGGAACUCCACCAUGGAAAGCUUAAGCCACGGCAAGCCGAUCCUCGCUUGGCCAAUGCACUCCGAUCAGCCGUGGGACGCGGAGCUUCUCUGCAAGUACCUCAAGGUCGGCCUCCUCGUGAGGCCAUGGGAGAAGCACAGUGAGGUGGUACCAUCAGCGGCCAUCCAGGAGGUGAUCGAGGAGGCGAUGGUCUCGGACAAUGGGAUGGUGGUGCGGCACCGGGCGAAGGUGCUCGGUGAGGCUGUUCGUGCCUCCGUAGCAGAGGGCGGCUCCUCUAGCAAAGGCCUUGAUGACUUUGUUGCUUACAUCACAAGGUGAUCGCCGGUACGUACCGGCGUACGGGAGUGACUCCAUACUGGGUGGUGCUAUGAUUCUCCGAUGCGGCUUCAUCAGAUGAGUUUGAAUUUAGAUUUUUUGUAUGAAAAAAUCCGGAUUUUAAUGUAAAUGGCAUAGAGUUGAUCAACGUUCAUUUUUAAACAAAUUUCACAACGCUAUAAUGCGGGAAACCACAAAUUCCACAACAUUGUCUUUCUAAAUUUUAUUGAGCCAACAUUAGGAUUUUAAUCCCGAGAUAAGAACAAAUCAAAAGCCGUGGGAUUGUCAAGUUUCCUUUUUAUGCCGGUCCCUUCUUCCCGCCUGGUCCGGCUGGU